AUGGCACCCCCCAACCCCGGCCUCACCCACCUUUCCAAUGCUCUCGCCACCCCAGAGCAGCUUUCGGCUUCUUCCUCGUCCAUCGAUGGUGUUCCCUCCGACCUGGAAGCUUCAAUUCGCUGCGCCGGAACGCAAUUAACCCAGGCCGCAGGCGUGCUCUUGCAUUUGUCGCAAGAUAUCAUCGCACAGGCAAUUGUCAUAUUUACGCGCUUCUGGCUCGGAGCCGAUGGAGGCAGCUUGCGCAUUUACUCUGUCAAGGUGAACAAGCUUCCUUCAGAUGUAUCAGCCGCUGCUCUCUACCUGACAGCCAAAUUAUCAUUUCAACCCACAUCCCCACGCUCCGUUCUCAAUGUCUACACACUGCUCCUCUCGCAAGAGGCCUCUCCGCUGUGGUUUGUAAACCCCCACGGGGCGCCCAAGCAGCCGCCCUCCGCAGACAGCUACACCCUUACAGAGGGCGGAUACCAGUCUGCGCGCCUGGUUCUACUUCGCAUCGAGUCCGUGAUUCUCCGUACUCUCAGUUUCGACACUCACGUUGCCCUCCCUCACACUAUCGCUCUCACAUACCUCCAAACCCUGGGAGUCACCGACUCCGCCGUGUCCCGCCGAACCGUCGAAUACCUGAAUUCCGCAUUGUUUUCUCCCCAACUACUCUACGUCACACAUCAGCCGAAUGCCCUGGCAGUAGCGGCCAUCUAUCUUGCGUCGCGAGAACAGGGUUGCAAGCUGGUCGAUGGUGAAUGGUGGGAGGUAUUUGAUGUCGAUCGGGAAGAGCUUGGAUUCCUGGUGGUCGGAAUGAAGAGUACGGAAGGGUUUAUGCGUGCUGAAACGGAAAAAUGGAAGGGUCCUGGAAAGACGAUUCCUCUGGUGGUUGAAGAAGUAGAUGCGGAGAUUGAGCGCAGUCGAAUGAUGCAGGAAGGUGAAUGA